CUCGGCUCGACGGCCUGCCGGAGUUCUUAGCGGGACGCAGUUCACCGUCACCCACCGGGAGGUACGGACUACGAACGUCAGUCGCGCGCGGAAAGCAGGUAUCCACGCUAUCUUCUUCCAUCCGUCAAACCGAGAAGAUCGAGUUCCACGUUCCAGGAUCGAGUGUGGCCUGAAAGGAAUUUUCCAAAAUUUUGAGCGACCGAGAGUUCGGCUCUUUUUAAUCUUCGAGGAGCGAGUCGGACGAUCAUUUGUGCUACGAUCGAAGUGCCAGGACGAUUUCAAACAGUGUGGUGUACGUUCCUGGAGUUGUUUCGAAACUUUGUAAUGUGUGUUUAUCAUGGUUGACGCGAUCAUCGCACCAAUAACGUGCGAGAGACUUUAAUCAGGAUCAAUCAGCUCGUCCUGCGGAGAUCUGGUCCUUUGCCGACCGUCGAACCUCGUUAACGGACCGUUGAAACCGCGAAAAUGAACGGACCGGUUUACGCAUCCUCCUGCCCGGCUCUGCAGUCCAACCUCUCGCUCCACAGCUCGUCUUACUACAGCGAGUACAGCGGAAGCACGAGGAGACGAUUGUCCUCCACCGGGGAAGCCGACACUUCCGCAACGUCCAGUUACGAGGGUAGCGACAGCUCCGAACACAGCGACGAAACGCGGCUGGAUCCCGUCAGUCAGCUGGAACGCGAACAGCUCGAGACCUUCUUUCGGGGUCUGAAGACGCAGAUAUUCGUGUGCGAGUCCCUGGCUAAUUUGUAUCUGGGAAACGCCUCCCAGGUUGGAGCGUGGGAGCUUCGUUUCACGGGGAUUCCGGUGGUGGUUCUUGACUUGGGAGAGACGCGGUCUCGAUCUAAAAGGCGCAUCCAAAUUCUCCUCGCCGAGCGUGGAACCUGCUUCACGCUCUGGAGAGAGACUAUCGACAACCUUUCUUCGUACAAGGUGUCCGGUGCAGCUUUUCACACGAUGUGUCUCUCCUCGGAUCACACACGGCUGGCUGGUCUGAGCUUUGACAAUUCGAAAGCGGCGAACGAGCUCUGGCAGCACAUCGAACGCCUGGUGUCUUGUCCAGAGAACAUCAGCCUGUCGAUCCCGGGGAAGAAGAAGAAAAAGUCACCCCAAAAGAAGGUCGUCCUUCCGGCGAAGAGCAACAUCAGCCAGCCUUGCCAGUUUCAACACGUUACCAGCGUGGACGCGGCUGACAGGUCGCGUUACUUCUCGCUUCAAACACUGGUGCCGGUUUUGUCCGAAGUCGAGAAUUCCUUGGAGGGUACAUACUAGAUUUUAAAUGUCCUGACCCCGCCAGAUUCCCGACAACUAUGCUAUGCUGGCGCACGAUAAGUUGAAGCUCUUCGGAUUGAUAUGACCCUCGACGGCAGAGCUCUGCAGUCAUUCCUCAGAAGAGUUUCCGAGCUUUUGUCACGGUGCGAUCGAGUGCUUGCACCAUAGUCCAAGGGCCCGAGAACCCGGAGGUACUUUGUUCGAUUCCACGUCCGCUUUGUGUGUAGGAACGAUAUCGUUCCAGAUGAAGAUAUGAAAAUAAAAUAAAUCCAGAAACUUGUACGAAGAGAGAGAGAAAGAGAGAGACGUCGCGAUAAAUACCACGGUUUUAACCACCCAUUUUGUAUCUCAACAAGCGUCAGUUUGCGAGCGAUUCUUGUAGCUUGUAACGCUAGCCGGAAGUUGUAGCGAUAAUUACCGGAUCUCGACUUUCGACGUGCGUAACGCGAUCGAACAAACAAGUACGAAAGUCGGGACAAGCAGCGACAGCUGGAGCGUCCGAAGAUCGGGUAACUCGAACUAGACCACUCGAAAGUCGAGGGAAAAAGGGAGAGAAGAAAGCUGAAGAAAAGGGAACACACGGCCGCCAAGUGUCGUUCAAACAAUCGCGUUAAUCACACUAAUGGAAAGGUCCCUGACACCGAAUUCCUGUCAAUGCAUGUCGCUUCUAGUGCCACUAGAGCCACUCGAACAGGCAGUAGUGGAAACGCUGAAACACUGGGAAAGGGGAUGAAGAUACGUUAGUCGCAGUCUGUUGGAGCCACAUGUGGACCGUAUGUUCGUCUGCUUCAGAUCCGUGAAGAACUUUUGCUUUUUUUUCACUUUCAUUUCGGCGUGAAUAAGUCGAGUGUGGGUUCUCCGACUGUUCGAGCUACGGCAUUUUUAUCGACUUUUUUCGUCCUCGCUAAGGAGGAUGGUAAAGACUGUAGAAAGAAUGACGUAGAAGAUCGAAACGGUUUUUAUCUAAUUGUUCGCAUCGCGCUCCGCGAUUUGAAAACGGGUGGAGCGCAGAUUUUUGUAAAUUGAAACGACCACGCGAAAUUGAAAAUUACGGUGUGGAAUUCAUACGGGCGAUUUGUGCCUAAUUGACACGAACUUUCGAGGCGAAUUUAAGCGCGGCGAUGACAUCAGGCCCUGAUCCGUGUGCCAGGAAUGGUCGUUUUCCGCAUUGAAAUUACCGCGUGCGUAUGUCUCGCGGAGAAGCAAGUGACGAGGCUCUAAUGCCGCGUUACAAAGGGUCGUUGGCGCGCUUAAGUGGCUUGUUAAAAUGAACGUUACUUCGAAGUGGUAAAAAUAGUCUUAUUCAUCAAGGCGUCAAAUUUUCAAGCCAACGCAAGCUGUGUUGUCCUUUUAAAUUUGUCUACAUUUCGAGCGUUUGCUGGGCGUCAAGAAAAAUGUCAAAUCAAUUUCAAAUGUAUUGUACAAUCAAAUUUAAAACCUUAUUCGCGACAUUCAGAUCAGAGAGAAGAUAAGGGAAAAGAAAACGUUCUCAUUUCGGACUAGUUUCUGUACCGCCGAUAAAAAAUUUGCUCCAAUUAAGAAAGGGACCUUCUACACCUUUUGAAUUGCGUAAAUUGCCGUAUUUUCAUCAGUUUCAACUUUCGUUCCAGUUCAUCGGCUGAGUAAACUAUGACGGAUGAUUUAACACCGCACAAUCUAUUCGUGUAAUAGAGCGGUCAGAGUUGCUUUGAGCGGUGCGAAUUGAUAGAUUGAAUAGCGCGCCUGUCCGACUGUCUACAGAGGAUUCAUCCGGCAAAUUGAAACGAAUUAAAACCAGUUCCAAAAGCAUUUGAUCCGGGUUCAAAAUUUAUUUCUUUUCGUUCUGAACCUUGAAAUUUGGAACGUAAUUAAUUUAUUUUGUUCCCACGACUGGCUUUGAGAUAAUUGCGGUAAAGGUAGAACUAGAAGCGACCCAAUUCGAGGAUUUCGUACUGAAAUUGACGCUUCGGAUUCAUUCAGAUUUCGAUUAUCUUUUAAUGUUGUCCAGCUUAGAAGUGAACUCGUUGAUAGAGAGUAUAUAGCUUGAUAUAUAGAUAUACAUAUUUAUAAGUCUAUACAUAUAUAUAGGGAUACACAAAAUGAGCAGAGGAAUCAGAGCUAUAUUUUAAGAAAAAUUUGAAGAACGUACGCUUUAUGUAUAAAUUUGUAAAACUAUUCUGCAGACGGUGACAAACACGAUCUGAAAAUAAUGAUGUUGAGAUUGAAUAUUUACGAAGCGUGCGAUGCAUAAGUGUAAUCAGUUUUUUUUCGAUUUUUAUUAUCGUUAUUGCAGAUGCAAGACCAACGAUUAAUUUUUUUUUUUUUUUCUCAACGAAUUUGUUUAUCAGAUUGAUGAAUUGUGCGUAGAGAGACAGAGAGAGAGAGAAAGAGAGAGAGAGAGUGAGAGAGAGAGAGAGAGAAAAAGAGAGAGUGAAUGGUUUAAUAGAAGGAUGAAUUUCUCUCGUGUACUGCGGUUAAGAAUUAUUUUUGUAUUAUAAUAAGUAUCGAUCAAUCGUUCUUUAUAGAUUUAGUAUCUUUUCCCGAUUUCGCAUUAAAAACUAAUUGUUUAUCGAGGUGAUCUGUGAGACAUAAAACGAACAUUUCUGCGUUUUCAAAUCAACCGGGUGAUUCAGAAAAAAAAUUGUUCCAAUUUAGUUUCCUUUCUUUCGAAUUCAGACAUGCAGCAGCUUUCUAAGAAUAUAUGUACAAAAAUUUUGUUUAAUAUAGGAGUUUGUUCAAGGCAAAUGAUUCGCGAUUUUCCUCUUGCAGAACGAUUAUGGCAUAUGCACCUGAAAAUUAAUAGAAUUUACAAGGUAGUGACGUACCUUCAAUAGCGAAUAUUAUUAUUGUACUAAUAUUAUCAAUUUUACUGUCAACAUGAAAAAAAUGAUGACCACAUUGUAUUGGAUUAAGAUUAUAAAUGAAAACAAUUAUUCAGCGGUAGCUCGAUAAUCUAUAAUAAGAGUCAAAUUGUGCUUUUUGAUGUUUAUCAGCAACCAUUAUAAAGACUGGUUUUACCAUCUAGCAUGUAGCCAUAGAUUAAAAGUUGAUCAAAUUAUUAUUCUAUAUAGGUACCGUUAAAUACGCAUAUGUAUUCCAACAAGUAUAAUCUAUAUCGUUGUAAGCUUGUACAAUAAGAUUGAUCAUUUGUUUCGCAAGAUCUUAAAAUUCAUCUACAUUCUCAUCAGUUAUUGCAAACAAUAUCCCGAUGUCGCAAUAUUCGCCUGAUUCGCGUUACUGAUUACGAGUGGAUCCGAUCGAUCCGUAUGAUAUGUAAUUUGAUUUUUCGUUCAAUCGGUUCCAGAGGGACUUGUAAAACCGUCGAAUCGAUGAAACGACGAAACGAUGAACAUUAAUGAAGAGCCUCGGUAUAAUUAUACAUUUGGUCGCAAUUUUCCAACUGCAGAUAUUCAACGUCAAUUUUUACACUAGAUUGGUACAAUUAUUUCAUACGACCCGUCGAGGCUCUUCGCUGUAGUUUUAUAUAUUAUGUUUCUUUAUCUAUGACUGUGAUAUAAAUAUAUUUGUAACUGUUAGAUUCUGUAAUCCUAUACCUUACAACAAUCAUUAUCAAUUUUGGUUAGUACGAUAGUUGUCAUCAUUUUGUUAUGUAUGUAAUUGUGCUAAUAAAAUGUGCGUAGUUGUAGCGCGA